AUGAUCAAUAAUAUUUUUCGUUACAUAAAUUUUUUAAAUUUAUUUUUAAUUUUAACGGCAAAUAAUUUAAAUUUAAAUUUAAUUUUUGAAAAAUGGAUUCGAUUGCAUAAAAAUUACGUUUUCGGUACGGACGAAUCAUUUUACAAACAAUCUCCCAUCGAGGAAGAAUACGAUUUUAUUGUGAUCGGUUCUGGACCUUCUGGUGCUGCUGUCGCCAACCGUUUGAGUGAAAUAUCGGAUUGGAAUGUUUUACUAGUGGAAGCUGGAAAAGAACCGACUUUGGUUUUAGAUAUACCAAUGUUGGCUAGUAUUGGCGUCCUAUCAGAAUACAAUUGGGGAUUCAAAGCGGAACGAGAAGAGGGAGUUUGCAUGGGUAUGGAAGAAGGAAGAUGUAGGUGGCCAAAAGGAAAAUGUUUAGGAGGUACGUCUGUGAUUAAUUACAUGAUUUACACAAGAGGAAACAAAGAAGAUUUCGAUGAAUGGGCAAGAGAUGGAAAUGAGGGAUGGGGAUAUAAAGAUGUUUGGCCUUAUUUUGUCAAAUCGGAAAAAAGCAGAAUUCCUCAUUUCCGUCAUUCUGUGAGUCACGGACAAGAAGGACCUGUAACGGUUGAUUUUCUACCGUAUCAGACAAAACUCAUAGAUGCUUUUUUACAGGCUGGUCAAGAAAUGGGUUAUAAAUUAAUAGAUUACAACGAUGGAACACCUCCCUUGGGAUUUGCUAAAGUACAGGGUACCGUGGAAAACGGUCGUAGAUUUUCAGCCGAAAGGGCAUAUUUAAGACCGAUAAAAUAUAGAUCUAAUUUGCAAAUUACGCUUAAAACUUUGGCCACAAAAUUAUUGAUCGAUCCCAUAACCAAAAGAACGUACGGUGUGGAAAUGGUUAAAAAUGGAAAAACUCAUCGAGUGCUCGCCAAAAAAGAAGUUAUACUGAGUGCAGGAGCUUUACAAUCGCCUCAACUGUUAAUGCUUUCAGGAAUAGGGCCCAAAAGUGAUCUCGAAAGUUUGAAUAUAACCGUGUUACAAAAUUCAGAAGGAGUUGGAAAAAAUUUACAAGAGCAUAUUUGUUAUAGCGGUCUUACAUUUUUAAUCAAUCAAACUAAUGUCGGAGUUUCUACAAACAGUUUAUUUAAUUUUAAUAAUUUUAUCGAGUUUUUCGAAAGAGGAAAAGGGGUUCUGACUCUACUUGGAGGAGUAGAAGGUUUAGGAUAUAUAAGCACUAAGCUCAAUGAUGAUCAGAGAGGAAGACCGGAUAUUGAAUUUAUUUUCGCAAGUGCAUCCAUUCCAAACGAUAAUGGACUCCUUUUGCGAAAAGGUAUUGGAAUAACGGAUGAAAUUUACGAAAAAACGUACAAACCUCUAGAAAACAGGGAAACUUGGACAGUUUGGCCAAUGCUUCUCCAUCCAAAAAGCAAAGGAUAUUUAAAACUAAAAAGUAACAGUCCUUAUGAUUGGCCAAAAUUUUACGCCAAUUAUUUCCAAGAUGAACACGAUCUGAAUACUUUAGUCGAAGGUGUCAAAAUGGUAGUUAAUAUGAGUCAAACAAAAGCUUUUCAAAAGUACGGGUCAUUUCUCAAUCCUUUUCCGGUUUCAGGAUGUGAAGAAUUUAAUCUCAACUCGGACGAAUACUGGAAAUGUGCAGUGAAAAGUUUACUGACCACCUUGCAUCAUCAAUCGGGAACGUGUAAAAUGGGACCCCCCUCUGACACUACAGCAGUUGUAUCACCAGAACUAAAAGUUUACGGAAUUAAAAAUUUAAGAGUGGUAGAUACAUCAAUCAUUCCAAAGUUAGUUACAGCACAUACAAUGGCAGCAGCAUACAUGAUAGGUGAAAAAGCGAGUGAUAUGAUAAAGCAAUCAUGGCUGAACAAUACAUGA